CCUGCAACUGCAACCUCCACGCCCGGCGCUGCCGCUUCAACAUGGAGCUCUACAAGCUGUCAGGGCGCAAGAGCGGUGGCGUCUGCCUGAACUGCCGGCACAACACUGCUGGGCGGCACUGCCACUACUGCAAGGAGGGCUUCUACCGGGACCUCAGCAAGCCCAUCUCCCACCGCAAGGCCUGCAAAGAGUGCGAUUGCCAUCCCGUGGGCGCCGCCGGCCAAACCUGUAACCAAACCACAGGCCAGUGUCCCUGUAAGGAUGGUGUCACCGGCAUCACGUGCAAUCGAUGCGCCAAAGGCUACCAGCAAAGCCGCUCUCCCAUUGCCCCCUGCAUAAAGAUCCCUGCUGCUCCCCCCACCACCGCUGCCAGCAGCACAGAAGAACCUGCAG